AGUACAAAUGGCCCUGCCAGGAGCCGCAGAGAAGCUUUCUGCCGUCGUCCGCCGGGGAGUGGAGUGGAGCGGACGCGCCGGGUCUCUUUCUCUCUGUGGGUUGCUGUGGGGUCUUUCCUGCCAACAUGGUAAGCAUGACGGACCAGCAGGCGGAAGCCCGGUCCUUCCUCACCGAGGAAAUGAUCGCGGAGUUCAAAGCCGCCUUUGACAUUUUUGACGCUGACGGGGGCGGUGACAUCAGCACCAAGGAGUUGGGCACCGUCAUGAGGAUGCUGGGCCAGACACCCACCAAAGAGGAGCUGGACGCCAUCAUAGAGGAGGUGGAUGAGGAUGGCAGCGGAAACAUCGACUUCGAGGAGUUCUCUUGGUCAUUGAUGGUGCGCCAGAUGAAAGAGGAUGCCAAGGGAAAAAGCGGGAUGGAGCCUGGCCGAGUGCUUCCGCAUCUUGACAGGAAUGGCGAUGGCUUCCUGGACGCAGAGGAGCUGGUUGAGAUCUUCCGGAUAUCUGGAGAGUCUGUAACUGAAGACGAGAUUGAGGAGCUCAUGAAGGACGGCGACAAAAACAACGAUGGCCGGAUCGACUUUGACGAGUUCCUGAAAUGAUGGAGGGUGUGCAGUAAAGCGACUCAAUACAUUCCUGCAAGUUGAGGGCCGCUGCCGCCCGCCAAGCCGGCCCCCUCUUGCCUCUGCUCCAGCCGCCAAGCCUCGCCUUUUGAGCUGCCCCCACCCCUCCAGCCCUGUUCCAGCCUGCUGCUCCAACACAGCUCAGAGACUCAUUUCGGCUCCGCUUUGGGGGUGCCCACCGACCCCCAAGCCUGUGACCCUCUAUUUAUAGCACUCAACACGUCAAUAAAGAGCAAAGGACUGGA